AACUACAAUGACAUAAAAUCCGUGGAUGGUUGGGCCUUCAACGGGUCGGAAAUAGCAAAACUGAGUCUGAAAGGAAAUAAAGAGCUAUCUAAACUCUCCAACGAAGCGUUCCAGGGCCUCAAAAGUCUCACUGGCCUGGACCUAUCGGAGACAGCGAUCACGCAUCUGCCGACCGGGGGGCUGGAGGGUCUUGACAUCCUGAGGAUUGAGGACACAGAGUCACUCAAAGUCAUUCCGUCUGUUUACAGCUUCAAGCACCUGAAGGAGGCGUGGCUGACGUAUUCAUUCCACUGUUGCGCCUUCAAGUUUCCUGCACGCCAUGAUCCUGCAAGGCAUGCGUUGCACCAGGCAUAUCUCGCCAAGAUGCGUGAGAACUGCCCCAAAGAGCACGACGACACAGGGCAGCGAAAGAAGCGGUCCACAACACACACCAUGUGGAUGGGGUCCUUUUCCGACUUUAUCUCGUCGCCAGCCGACUAUAUUCCCACCCUCUCGUACAACGAUCUCUGGGACCCCACCUACGAGGACGGCCGCAGUUUCGGGCCGAUAUCCGCAGAGAGCUACCAGCCACUGAUGAACAGCGAGCUGCGUUCUGAUCAGGCAGUCCCUGAGGGUCAGCAAUGGCAUAGCAGCGCGGACCCAAUCAAGCUGGGAGCAGGUAGUGACGGCCCUGCAGUAGACCAUGGUACAUUCCAUCAAACCACCGCCGAGGUCACGACCAAAUUCCAAGCGAUGUGUGGGAACCUCUCCACAAGUUCGAUCCAUGUGAAGUGCUGGCCAGAACCCGACGCCCUGAACCCCUGUGAGGAUAUCAUGGGCUUCACGUGGUUGCGUGUCAGUGUAUGGUUCGUUGUGGUCACGGCUGUGCUUGGCAACCUAGCCGUGCUUCUCGUGUUGCUUAGCAACGUGCUCGAUCUCACAGUGCCCAAGUUCCUGAUGUGUCACCUCGCCUUUGCUGAUCUCUGCAUGGGCGCCUACUUGCUGAUCCUCGCCGUCAUGGACGUCCACUCUAGCGGCGUCUAUUUCAAUUUCGCUUAUGGCUGGCAGAUCGCAGGCGCGGGCUGCCAAGUUACUGGUUUCCUCACAGUUUUUGCUAGUCAGCUGUCCAUUUAUACACUCUCUAUACUAACUCUGGAGCGCUGGUUCGCCAUCACUUACGCCAUCUAUCUAAACAAGCGACUGAAGCUGCGCGCAGCGGCACGGAUAAUGGCGGCAGGGUGGACGUACUCUGUGAUAAUGGCGGCACUUCCUCUCUUUGGUAUCAGCAGUUAUUCCACUACCAGCAUAUGCCUCCCCAUGGAGACGAAGGAUCUGAAGGAUGUAGCGUACCUGAUCUCCCUGCUCGUGAUCAACGGGCUGGCAUUUGUUGUGAUCUGCAUCUGCUACGCGCAGAUCUACUUCUCGCUGGGGCGCGACACCCGACGGUGUGGCAGCCCUGGGCGCUCCGGUGCCCCUACCUCUGGGGAGAUGACUGUCGCCAAAAAGAUGGCGCUACUCGUCUUCACAGACUUCGCCUGCUGGGCACCUAUCGCGUUCUUUGGGCUCACGGCCGUCGCGGGCUACCCUCUCAUUGACGUCACUCGCUCCAAGAUUCUCCUUGUUUUCUUCUACCCUCUCAACUCCUGUGCGAAUCCAUACCUCUAUGCGAUACUCACGACACAGUACAGGAAGGACCUCUUCGUCCUUUUAGCAAGGUACGGCUUAUGUAUGGAGAAAGCCCAGCAGUACAAAAUGACAUACUCGCUAGCGACGACCAACAACUCGAACCCAGUUCCUCUAGUUCAGCGCAGCAUGAUUGUCAUUGUUCCGCCCAGCACAGCCCAAAAUGGCCACACCAACGGCAGUGUCAGGACCAACAACAGCCAACAUGCCGAGGUUUACGUGUGAUGUUGCAUAGUCAGAGUGGCCAGUAACUAAGCGAUGUGACGCUCUUAUGUUGAGUUUGUUAUGAAUUCAUAUUUUGUAACAUUGCUCGAUAAAUUAUUUAACGACGUUGUAUCAAGGUCGUUUAUUAUCGGCGAUGUUGUUGAUAAUGUAUCAACAGUGAGUGGAUUACUUGGGUGAAAAUUAAGAGAAAAGAAAAAAAUCCCUGAAGAAAACGAAAGUUGAUCUCUAUAAUUGUUCCCCAGUACUCGUACGCUUUUCAAAGAAAACAUGUCGAAUCUGUGAUCUGGAGCGCUUGUCGAAGGAUAAGUUAUUUAUUCACGCUGCAUAUUAUGGAAGUUACUGCCGACAGUGUCUGUGCAGUGGACUAUACUACAGGGAACGGACACGGUGACUGGUAAGAAGACUUUUUCACCAACCGAAGCAGAUAUUUUGCGAUAACUACAUGCCAAAUAUUAAAUUUUCCCACAGGGGAGCUAAGAAUGUGUAUAGUUCUGUUUCAGAAGUUGUGAUCAGUGGAACUCUUUUCAGAAGCAGCAACAGCGGCUAUCCUGACUGAGGUAUUUUGUGAUUCUUCUUAAUCCCUUGAGGCAAAUUCCACGAUAGUACCGUCAUUUGGCCACGACCGCUCUUCCCUUACCCUUUCCAAUUUAUCAUUCAUCACUCGUCGUACCAUUCGAAGUUGCAUAGCAUAGCUACCGACACUGUCGUGACAUAACCUCAAAAUGAAUCUAGUCUUUCAAAACAAAUUAAGAAAUUAAAUAAUAAAAUUACUUCUACAAGAAAUAAUCUCUCCCAUCAAAUGCACAGUGAAACCAACUCUAAAAGAAUGUCCUGGAAUUAAAAAAAACAUGGCCAGUUUUUUGUUUGUGGUAAGGACAGUUUUGUUACUGUAGUGGUUUCCAAAAUGUGACCAUCCCUGUAAAGGGAAGGGUUAGUUGGUUAGGGAGAACUCUGCAUAUUUGAUGAAAGUUACAUGGUAAAAUUGAAUUGAUUCCAAUUAGCAAAAUGUCAUAAUUCGAUUGUUAGAUUUUAUGAAUGUUUAGAAUAUUGUUAAAUAUUAUUAAUAGGACCGGAUUUUCAGUUGUGAGGGCCCUGGGGCAAUCGAAAUCUGGAGGCAUAUAUCAAUAUCACCAAAUUAGGUUAUGAUUUUUAUUUUCGAUAUUUUAGAAAAGUAGAUUUAAUAAAAUAUGUGGAUUCUGUUUGUGUUUCGUGGAGGUCCAGGGUGUUUCGCCCCUAAAUCCAGCUCUGAUUGUUAAUUGAAUAAAACUUAUAAACGGCCUUCAGUUUUAUAACGUUGUGAAUUUUUUGGAACAGACCGACGUUUCGCAAGAAUAUAUUGCCUUCGUUUUCAGUGUUGAAGAGUAAAGCAAAUAAGAAACCAGGUGACUCAGAGGGUAAAUUAUUCUUGCCUCCGAAACGUCGGAUUUUCUCGGAAUUAUACGGCAUUGCAACUCAGAAAUAGUCACCGCAGUGAAGUAUGAAAUCAGUAUAAAAAAGUUAUUGAUUUUAAAAUUUAAAACCCGAGGAAACUGUUCUCUAUGCACACAGUAAAUUAUGAACGGGGUGCAGUGAAAUGUGCAGAGCUGGAAGUGCCAUGUAGGUACAAAUUUGGGAAUAGUUCUCUACUGCAUGACACGGUAGAAGUGUAUUUAUGUCCAGGAUCAUAGUGUAUCGAACAAAUGAAUAGCAGAAAGGUGUCCUCCUCUGGAGUACACACGCUGGCUUCAUGGCAUAUUGCUAUUCUUAACGUGACCAUUAAUUGGUGCCAUCUGAAUAUAUUGUGCAACAAUUUAAAUUUGUUGUUGUGUAGUUGUGGUGACUGUGGACGGGGUUUGGAUUGGUGACUGUUUAUUGACCACUUAUACACACAAUUCCCAACUACAAGUAAUUACGGCGGCAUCACUAAUCUCCACAUUUUUCAAACCACUUCUACAAACACAAAGUCUUCUCCAGCCUUCAUUGUCUUCACUAGUCGUUUACUGGUAAUGGCUCCUAGCAGUGGAGAUUCUUCAGUUUCCGCCCUCAUGCCGUUCAUAGCUGGCUACAGUCUCACAACCGAACUGCCUCUCAACUUAAAGUCAAAGUCAGAGUUACUUUACGACUGGAGGUUUACCGCCAAUCACUUCGUCUUGGCUCCAGGCCCUUUGAGACCCACGACCAAAGAUACUAUUUUCCCAACUGAACACUUGAAAUAAUAAUCCUUAUUUAACUUCCUCUAUGACGAGAAGGUGGGCUUAUCUGUUAUGAAUAUGCUUGGCUUUUCGUCAAGUGUAUAUUUCAUACAUAUAACAUGUUACUGAAAAUUCUUCCUUUUGCAUUACACACAAAUCCUCUGUCAGUACAGGCUCUACAGAGUACAUUAUGCCUAUCUUACGUGUUUUAUGCUACAGUGGCAGCUUAGUCAUUUGAAAGGUUGUACGCUUGACCACCACCAAGUUUAAGCUUCUUAUAUUUUCUAUGUCAGGCUUCACCUUGUCCCACACCGCGACCUUGUUCAUUCUGAAGAUUUUGUAUAACUUCUGCUUGUUGCCUGCACAAUUUUGUUAUAUAAUCGUAUACAUACGGAAGGUUGAAAGCUUUAUGCAAAUCGCGGACCGGUGUGCAUUUUGGAAAAUUUCCAAAGGUAUGCAAAAUCUUUUUAUGCAUGUGUUGCAAUUUUAAAAGUUACGUGUCUGCCGUAAGUUAUUACUGAUCUGAUCAGUGCCUUUUGGAACGUUAGUUUGAUGUCGGCGCCUAAACGCAGCGUCCAGACCGACUCGCGUAUUCACCCAGCCUCCUGUUCAUGGUUACCGUGGACUCUUUCUUCGUGAGGGGUUAAGCGGCCGGGGAGUGAAGCUGACCGCUCACACAUAUAUCUAGUGCCGAGGUCAAGAAUGGUGGAGCUACAUCUUCACUUCCCCAAAUGUCUUCAUGGCGAGGUACUGAAUUAAUUAAAUGCAGGAAGAAUUUGGCUAUAUGUCAUCCUUAGUACGUAGUUCUAAAUAUCACCAAAAAGUUACUUCGCCUUGUCGAGUUUUACCAAAGAACACGACGUCACUACCCACCAAAUUCAUUGAUACACAUUGCCUUCGGGAUCCCAGAGCUCACAUACACUGAAAGCUGUCAAGCAGUAGCCUAUCGAAUUAUAGUAUCGAGAUUCAUAAUUCUAGGUACUCGAUAAUGCAGCACACAAAAUUACCAGCCACUUGUUUUGAAGAUUAUUCAAACAAACAAAAAACUCCGUGAUUUUAGUCCGCAAGCGAACUAUACCGACCGAGCGACCGCC